GUGUGUAUGUGUGUGUGUGUGAGUGAGAGGGAGAGAGGGAGACCCAAUGGCACAUCCUACAGCAUUAGCUCUACCUGGUGCUGUCUGUUCGCCGCCGAAGACCAGUAGGUGUAGCUUGCUUGGUCAGCUUCUGAGGCAGGCGAAGUUUUACAUAGCUGAAGCGCUCGCUUUACCUGCCCAACCAUCCGUCACACUAGCUUUCUCUUGUUUUAUCUCACACCAGGUAGCGUUAGAUAUAGAUAAAAACACACACACACGCACAAGCGCGAGCACACCUAUACAUACAUAUACACAUAACACUUACUUGCCUACAGUACAUGCAUGCAUACAUACAGACAGACAAAUGGAUAAGAUAGAUAAAUAGACAGAUAGAUAUAGAUAUAGGAAAUACUCGUACGCUGGUGUACACACACACUCUCUCUCUCUCGCUCUCUCACUCUCUCGCUCUCUCACUCUCUCGCUCUCUCUCUCGCGCACACAAGGAGUAACAGUUAGUGUGAGAGAGAGCGGAAAAAAGAGAGAAAAAAGAAAAAGAAAAAGAAAAAGGAGAGAGCGAGAGAGAUUAUCACCUUUGUCACUGUUAAACAACAUGUUGUAUCGAAUUUAUCUCAACUCGGCUCUGCUCGGUGCCAUUUUAAUUGCAUUCAAGUGUCCUUUGCUUUCCUGUACAAAUAGCAGCAGCAGUUGUAGUAGUAGUAGUAAUAGUAGUAGUAAUAAUAAUAGUAGUAGUAGUAGUAAUAGUAGUAGUAGUAGCACGUCAAUCACCCAUGUCAUCACUACCAUCAGCUACAAAAACCACAACAACAGUUACAUUACUAACACUACUAUCAGCAGUAAAAGAAGAAGAAAAAGAAGUAACUUUAUAGCUAGACGAAGACGGAAACUUCCAGCGACAGGAACCGCCGCUUCCAAGGACUUUGUUAGCAUCACAACCAACCGCCACGGAGAGCGGGAUAUUCGUAUUGUAUACAGAAACACAUACAUUCACGAGUUGUCCAUUCCGGACGAGAAUCGCUAUCAGUUAAAACUCAGACGUUUGGCAAAUCCGUUCCGUUACGUGAAAUCGGUAUAUAAAAAAGGAAACUUGAGGAGCUGUGAUUUCUCACGUAACAAGUCGGAAAUUUCUGAGUUCAUAUCAGAAUUUGACAUAAAUCACCACCGUCAAAAUUCUGAGCAAUUCUUCGCCUUACACAAAGCUUUGAAAGACCCAAACCGUUUCUUCAAGGAUAAGUCGAAAUCAAACGAUUAUUAUUAUUAUACUUCAUCAGUGAAGCACAUCCGAGAUGAAAUCAAUGGUGGAAGUAUCGUGUAUGUACCAUACUAUACGGAUUAUUACAACAGCAACAAUUUCACUGAACGACCCGACUUGAAUGAAACAUCUCGAUCCAUCCUAAAUAGUAGAGAUGAAAAUUGGUUUAUUACUGUCAGGGUUAAUCUUAAAAGUGAAAGCAGUGCCUGUAGGUCUCUGUACAGGUUUGUUAGAAAAAUGACAAAACACCGAAGAUACGCCAGACGAAAUUUGGAUUUAGCAGACGAUAAACGAAGCGCAGUUUUAGAUGGCUCACAUAAGACUAAAUUACAGACGAUGUCGCAUAUUCACAGUAAUAAACAUACAUUCGGAGCCAAGCGGAUUGAUUCGGGAAAUAUCUGGUCCCCGUCAUUACCCUCCCAGCGGAUGCGGACACAGAUUACUGAAUCCUUGGCCGCUGGCGCUAGUCACCACGGACGUAAUGGAGGUGAAAGUACCACGUACGGCCGGCGACGACGGCGUCGCCAACUAAACCCUGUACUUAUGUACCCGGGUACGAAAUGGUGUGGCAAUGGAAAUACUGCAGAAGCGUUCGACGAUCUGGGUUCUGAAGCGGAGGCAGAUUAUUGCUGUCGGGAGCACGAUUACUGUCCGUUCACUAUUGAAAGUUUUACCCGUCGUUUCAAUCUUUUCAACUACAGGCUACACACACUUAGCCACUGCCAGUGUGAUCGUAGGUUCCGUAAUUGUUUGAAGAAAGUUUCCAGCAACUCUUCGAUAACCCAUCUCAUUGGACGUAUCUACUUUGAUUUCCUUGGCUCUCGGUGUUUCGUCUUCACCAAAGAAAAAUACUGCGUGGAGCGAUCUUGGUGGGGAAAAUGUCGCACAUAUGGCACCCAGCUGACAGCUAAAAUCAAGUUACAGGAGUGCUAUUAA